UAUAUAAAUCACUCGGCACAGUUUGUGCCGACGAGUUCAUGCAGAUCAAGACGUCGCGCCAUGCCGUCGUCGCCGGUUGAGAACGACAAUGGCGCCGCCUACUUCGACUUCCGCGCGGCGGAGUGCGUGCCGGAGUCGCACGCGUGGAUGGGGAUGCACGAGAAGGACGCCGCUCCGGUGGUGGCGGCGACGAUGCCGGGGGACGAGCAGCAGCACGGCGACGACGCCGUGCCGGUGGUGGACAUGAGCGGCGGCGACGGCGCGGCCGCCGCUGCGGCGCGCGCCGCGGCGGAGGAGUGGGGCGGGUUCCUGCUCGUCGGCCACGGCGUGCCGGGCGAGGUCCUGGCGCGCGCGGAGGAGCAGGCGGCGCGGCUGUUCGCGCUCCCGGCGCCGGAGAAGGCGCGCGCGGCGCGGCGGCCCGGCGGCGGCUCCACCGGCUACGGCGUCCCGCCCUACCUGCUCCGGUACCCGAAGCGCAUGUGGGCCGAGGGCUACACCUUCCCGCCCGCCGCCGUCCGCGCCGAGUUCCGCCGCGUCUGGCCCGACGCCGGUGACGACUACCACCUCUUCUGCUCCGCCAUGGAGGAGUACGACGCGGCGAUGAGGGCGCUGGGCGAGAGGCUGCUCUCCAUGUUCCUCAGCUCCCUCGGGCUCGCCGGCGGCGACGGCGACGGCGAGGUGGAGCGGAAGAUCCGCGACACGUUGACGUCGACGCUGCACCUGAACCUGUUUCCGAGGUGUCCGGAUCCGGAGCGGGCGGUGGGGCUGGCGGCGCACACCGACUCGGGCUUCUUCACCUUCAUCCUGCAGAGCCCCGUGCCGGGGCUGCAGCUGCUCCGCCGCCGCCCGGACCGGUGGGUGACGGUGCCGGCGGCCACGCCGGGGGCGCUCGUCGUCGUCGUCGGCGACCUCCUCCACGUGCUCACCAACGGCCGCUUCCACAGCGUGCUGCACCGCGCCGUCGUCAACCGGGAGCGCGACCGGAUCUCCAUGCCCUACUUCCUCGGCCCGCCGCCCGACAUGAAGGUGGCGCCUCUCGCGCCCGCCGCCGCCGGCGCCGGCGGGUCGCCGGCGAGCGAGCCGGUGUACCGGGCCGUGACAUGGCCGGAGUACAUGGCCAUCAGGGAGAAGAUGUUCGGGACAAACGUGUCGGCGUUGACGAUGAUUCGCGUGGCGAAUGAAGAGGAUCAUGAGCAGACUUAAUUGAUUGAGCCUUGCAAGUAGAAAUUAAGAUUACUUGUAGGUUUAAAAAAAGAUUAUUCGUGGGCCAAAACAAGCAAACAAAAUUUUAAUUGCGAGGGAUUUUAUAAUGUUUGCAAGUUGAUUAUAGGUACAUGGAGGUGUUGCGUCAUGAGCUAUUAGUCUGCGAGGGACAAAGUAUGGAAAAAAAAUUAUAAUCGAUAACAGUGAUGCAAAUAUAAUGGUAUUACAAUGGCAAAUGUAUCUUAUGUCUAUAUCUUCCUAUGAUUAUGGAGAGGUAUUAA